GCAGCCACACCCGCUUCCGCAUAACGUAGCGUCAUGACGUGCGUUACGCAAAGCGUCAUUUGCGUAGUGACGAUUCAUUCGGAAGUGAGAGGCCAGGGCAGUGUAUGCAAAACACAGAAAUGGUGUACGUGUCUAAUGGCCAAGUUUUGGAUAGCAGGAGUCGCUCCCCUUUGAGGUUAUCCUUUUGGACUGACCUCUUUUGGGGUGCUGUGGAGUUCAUCGGAUUGUUCUUCCAAACACUCUUUCAGCCUGACCUGCCAAAGAAUGGGAGCUCCAGGUCUCACUCAAGAUAUGAUGAUGGCAGAGGUCCCCCCCCAAGAUUCCCCGGGCCACGGCGAAUGGGAAGGAUAAACCAUGGGGGCGGGCCUAGUGCCCCACCAAUGGGGGGAGGAGGAUGAGGAAGGUAAAUGCCUGCACUUCAUGUGCGGGCAGUGGAUGCAAAGUGCCACUUGGGUUUUAGUGGGGGGGCUCUGUAAAGGGCCAUAGCCUGGUCAGUGGUGGGGCACACGCAUCCUCCUCCUCCAGCAGCUUCUGCAGGUCUGCAGACUCAUGACGCUGCACUGGGAAUUCCUUCUGAAAGGGGCCAGGGCAGUCGAUAAGCUGCUUGUUUUUUUUUUUCCUUCUUAAUUGUUCUGUUCUGACAUCUGUAAUUUGUAUACUGUAUAAUGUAUAGGUUGCUUAUUAAGAAUGUAGGGUUUUUUUAAGGCUUAAAGUUGGUUCUGUAGGCAUGUUGUGCAAUAAGGAAAUAAAAUGGUUUAACAGAAA